CAAUCGAUCCUUUAGGGUGGACUAAGACAUGAACAUUUAGCUCCCAAUCACUGAUUGAUUUUAACUUAGAAACAGGCCAGCUCCUGACUGACAUAACACACUUUAGAUGUGCAGAGCAUUCAACAAGAUAAUUAGCAUCAAAGAGGAAACCAGAGGGAAUCACGGUCAGUGCACAUUUCCAGUUACUGCUGCUGCAUUGAUGCAUCACACUAUGUUGUUCAUUGGGCAGGUCUGUGCAGUCUUUUGGAUCAUAUCUCUGCUUUCAUACUCUGGUUCAGCCUAUGAGCUCCAGGACACCAUCCACACUCUGAAAGAGGAAAACUUUCACCUGCAGCACCGACUGGAGAAUCUCACCCAGGCCCUCAGGGAUAUAAAACACCUUCUGUCAGAGUAUUCCAAAGUUUCUGGAGGAGAGCAUGACCCUGGGUUUCUACACACCUGGAAGGAAUGGUCUCAACAUGGCAUCAGUAAAGACACUCACCAAACGCUGGAGCAGGUGCUCUGCUUAAGUGAACUCAAUGGUGCUGCUCAGCCUGUCUUCAUCACUCUUGGCUACUUUUUCCACCUCCUCUCACCACUCAUUCUUUUAUUGCUGUUAUGACUACUCAGAUUUCACUUCAUUCCUUGUACCUCUUACUGUUGAGAGAAAAAAUAUAGGGAUUUCUGGGAUUGAGGAAGGCCUAGGUGUUGUGAUGUUCAGGGAUUUGCAUACAUUUAGACUGAUAUUACCACAUUAUUUAGAGAGUAGUGAUUAGAAACACAAAAUAAAUCAAUUAGCUGAUGAAGUAACUCACAUUCCUUCACAUUAGCUUAGCAUCAUUUAUGAUCAAAACACUGAAUGUUUUAUAUUCUAAACACAAAAAAGCAAUUGUUUCAUCUUAGAUGCAGCAUGAAAAUGUUACCAUACUAUUAUAAUGGUAGAGAAAACCCUGGGUUAGGAGUUUAAUAAGAUUCAUAAACAGCAAAGUAAUAAAUAAUUUUUUUUCUUCAUAUUGUAUUUUUGUAUGUUACUAUGUACGUUACAUUACUUACUACUCAAACAUCUACAACAUUUUUUUGUCAAAGUGGAUAAUGGUUUAGAGGGAGAAAAUAUAAUAGACCAGGGGACACUUAAACCACCCACAAUUUCUGUAGUAGAAAAGGUGCAACUCUAAUAUGCAGCAAAAUAUUUACUCAGACAUCAUUCAUUUUUGCAAGGCCAUUAUUUCAGUUCUUUGAAAUAUAGCUGCAUGGUUCCUAUUCCAGUUGUAAUAUACUAUUUUUUUAAAUUGCUGGACAUGAAGUAAAGGCAAUAGGUGCAAAUAUUAAAGUAGUUAAUAAUUACUAUGUAUGUAUGUAUAAUUACUAGAUACCACAUUCUUAUGGGAGUGAUAAAAGUCACUGUAUCUCCUUUACAGAUAAAGAAUAUCUUUAUUUGCUCACACAAACUGCUGAGGACAGAUGCAUGUGAUGGUGCACAUCCUUUGGUGAUUUUAUGUGUUUGAUGUCGUCCUGAAUCCAACAAUGUUACAUUUUGUCUGUUAAAUCAGUCUUUGUCUGCUUAAUUAAAAUCACCCUCGCUGCAUAGAUUAUAAAUCGGUGCAUUUGUACUUUAAUUUACAUUUGAUUAUGCUGAAUGGAUUGUCAAUUUACAUUUACAAAGACUUGAUCUGGGUUGCUGCAGCAAUGCCUGCAGAAAAAAAUGUGUCUUUGUAUGAGUCAAACGAGUCAUAUUUUUACUCUAAAAUGCAUCAUUAAAACAUCAUUAAAGCAGGAACCUCAUGACCACAGCAUCGAAUAUCGACAGUGACAGUGUGACAGAGUGAGUGAUUGAGUAGCAGUUACUCUGUUGAUGCUCACAAAAUGUUUGAGAGCAUUGACAGAGUGACGGUGUAUCACUCAUUACUGUCCCCCAUUAACCUACAUUUAAGAGCAGACAGUUCAAAUGGUACCUACACAUUCCACUGACAGAUUAGCAAUCGUAUGGAUUUCUUCGUGGCAACGGGUCAUUCACUUACAAUCACUGCUCACUUUGAUGUUGUGCACUGUGGUUUUUGUUUGGUUUAAGACUACAACAAUAUUCUACAAAAGUUGCCAUUGCUAUGACUGCUUCACCAUUAAUGACAAAAACACAAACACAGCUGAAUUCUUUCUUUAUAACACAGACACAAUGCAUACAUGGCAUCUAGUAUGAUUCCAGAAAGAGUUACAUAGUAAACAUACACGCUGCUUAUGAUUAUUCAUGUUAAAUAAGCGUUAAAAGCAACUAAAAAUCAAGUACAAUAACAAUAAACACUGGGCCCAGACACUAAGGAAAUAGUAACUUUAUAAAUGUUUAAUAUAAAGUUAAAUGUUACAUGAGAAUAUAAAGUUACUAACAUUUCUACCUUUGAAGCCAAGUGUGUCCAUAAUUUGCAGAGUAGUAGCAUAUUUAACCCACAAGGCCUCUAAAACUACCAAAAAAUCCUGAAGGUAAAAACUGCUGAAAAUUAUAAAACCUCCAGCUAUUCAAGCUUAAACCCUAAAUUACUUAGUUUAAGUAUUUGCUAACUAGACAAGAUACAGCAGAUACAUAUAAUAACUGUAAAUCACAGAAAUUCAGAGUAUUAGUACAUUUUAUUUUCAUCACUGUGAUGAGAUGAAUAACUGAUUUUAUCCACACACUUUUGAGCCUGAUUCAACUGGUUGUUAAUGGAUUACUAAAGCUUGUGUUUUUAUCUUCAAAUCUGGUCUGGUCUGUGAAUAGGUAAUGCCUUCUAUUAUUUUACCCUGAUGGUUCUCUUGUGGACAAAAGUCAAUUUCACCUAGUUUCGCCCAUGUUUUUGAAGUAAACCUCCAACAGUUACAUACAAAUUUAAAGUUUGUGUGUGCAUAUAAUUGUUCAUGUGCUGUACAGAUGCAUACUGUGCACUUAUCUGGGAUGUUCUGAGGGAAUAGGAGACUAGAAAUUAAUGAAUGUGUUGAGAACUUCUUUUUAAACAACUGAUCAAAAUGAAAGGUUUUAUGCUUCACUACAGAGGAUGGCCUUGAAUGAGACUGGACAGUGUGGGUGUGUGUUGUGGGGGUGGAGUACACAUGUAGCGGCUGUUGCUCGUUGUUCUCAAUCAGCUGUAAUUGUAAUUCAUUGAAAGAACAGAAGCCGUGCAGAGGCUGUAGACGGACAGACACACAGAGACUGAUGAGGGAUGGACUGACAACAAGCAGCACAGAAACAAUCAUUGGACACUAAAACUGACACCAUGGAUGAAGCAGUACGGCGGUCGCCUCAUGCUCCUGCUCUACAGUAGGAUGCAUGUCAAUAGCACCCACUGGUUGCUCCCACAGAUGUCGUCCCACCUUUGCUUAAUUUUUCUGUCCAGCUUGACAGUCUCAUCUCCUCUGGGUUUGGAGGAUGUUUUCUUUAGCCCUCAGGAUCAGACGAUCAAUGAAGGAGAAUCAGUUUUCUUUCCAUGUGUGUCAGGAGAGAGUUCACCUCCUGCACGGAUCAGCUGGCUCAAAGAUGGGAAGCUGGUUACAAGAGGGCGACAGAUUCAGGGUGAAUAUGGAGGUGGUAACCAGAGGAAGACCUCAGGCACUCUGCAUCUUUUCAACGUAACAUUAGAGGAUGAUGGGAUAUAUGUUUGUCUCACAUACAAUCCUUCACUGAACAUCAGCAAGAUGAGCAAACCAGCAACCUUAACUGUGCAACGAGUCCCACAAAGACCACAGAUAAUCCAGGGCCCUGACAACAUCACUGUUACCAUGGGAACAGAGGUCUCCAUGCACUGUACUGUCCUCGGCUUCCCUGUUCCCAUGGUGCACUGGUUCAAAGACGGCUGCCUCCUGACAAACUGCUCCACAUCGUUCAGCCUCCAGAACAAUGGACAGCUGCUCACAUUCAGAAAUGUGACUAAGGAGGAUGAAGGCUCCUAUCACUGUGAAGCAUCCAACCAGGAAGAGACGAUUAAGUCCCAGCCCGGCUUCCUACUUCCAGCUGAGAUGGACUGGAGUUUUGUCCAGCAGCCAACAAAUGUGAGUGUAAAGAGAGGAGACAAUGCGACGGUCACCUGCAGACCUCCUCACAGCACACCCACAGCUCAGGUGUCCUGGUUCAAAAACAACCAGCUGCUCAGUCCUGCAGCUCAUGUCACUGUGCUGCCCAGUGGGGACCUUUUCUUUCACAGUGUUCAGGAGUCUGACAGUGGAAGCUAUUUUUGCAGAGCAGCCAACACCCACCUUCAAAGAUUUCUCACCUCUAGGAGGGCAACAAUAACUGUGCUGGCCCCUCCAUCAGUGAGCCUGUGGCCCCAGAUGCUAACAGUGCCAGUAGGGGCCCGGGUGGUUCUGGAGUGUCAGGUCUCCGGUCGGCCUGUACCCUCUAUCAGCUGGGUCAAGAGAGGUUACUCCAAGCAGACUGGAGGCAAGACUGUUGUAGGAUUGAGAAAUGCUACCCUCUCCAUCCAGUCUGCCAGGAGCUACGAUGAGGGGGUGUAUGUUUGUGAGGCCUCCAACCCACUGGGUCAAAGUCAGCGCACAGCAGUGCUCAAAGUGGCAGUGAGCCCUGUCAUAGUGAGCUUUGCAGGUGAGGUGAGCUGCAGUAUAGGGGCCACAGCGGUCCUGCCCUGCAAGGCUGUGGGGAUUCAGCCCAUCGUAUAUUCAUGGUCUAAGGGCAGAGCAGACAGGAACAUCCCCAUCAUUCCAACUGAAGAAACAUACAUUGAUGAUGGAGCUCUGCACAUUUUAACAGUGCACUGGUAUGAUGAAGGAGAAUACUAUUGUCUCGCCAAAAACCGAGCAGGAGAGCAUCAGAGACGUACUGUCCUCACUGUCACAGCUGAAGAUUAUCCAGCAGAUAGAGGCAAGCAGACAAGACUGGUUUUGUCUGCAAACGUGAAUAAAAAAAAGCCAAUUUCCAAUGUAUCUGUGGCAGAGCAACGUCUGAAAACAGAACCUCGCCAGCAUGUUCAGACUGUGACCACAUGCUCCUCGUCUCACUGUGGUGCUCUAACUAAUGUAGCAGUCACAUUUUCUACUUCCCUUAAUGAAAGAGCAUCUGAGCUAAAGACAACACCACCUUUGUUCCACCUUCUUACACAAAAGCAACAGAAUCAGCCUCCAGUCAGUCCUAUGCAGUUUUUAGUUUCACAGAUGCCGCCGCCUAUUUUCCCCCCUCCACCAUAUCCGAACUUUAAAGCUUUAGACCUCCACACUCAAAUGCCAACAACUGGUGAGCCUCCAGAAAUACAGAGGCAGCUACUGUCCUCACAAAGCCCAUCUGAUUUUCCAAAAGCAACAAUCAAAACACAUGAACAUCCGUUUAAUGAUGGAUCCAAAAAAACCCUUGACACCAAAGGCUCUGUGUCCCAAACUAGUCAAAUCCCUGAGACAAGCCAAUCUAAAUCAUCCUCACAUCUUCAGACAAGUAAACCUUAUGACCUUUCCGACGUUCAUUCACAUUCUGUGACACAAAGAGAUGCUUCUGCAACCCAGACUAACACAAGCCACUCAGGUUCAGUCACCUUGUUCUCUGAUGUACAAACUAAUUUGCAUGAAGUGGUUACGAAACACGAAUCCCUGCAGUUCCAUACUGAGUUAACGCAGAUAAAGCUGAAUCACUCAGCUGAACCUUUACAUCAGAAGACGUAUCAGCAGCCCACAAACCUGCCAGCUCUGUCUUAUCCAUCGCAAUCCUUUACUCAAAGUCUUUUUCCAAAGUCCCGUCCCGAGAAUUCAACUCUCCAGACUCAUUUGUCUUCAACACAACUUCUGUCCAAGUCUGGAGAAUCCCACCUUAAUGUUGAACCUUCACCCACACGACAAACUUCAACCAUACAGACGCCUCUUCAAAUACAACCCCCCUUAUCUCCAACACAGUCACCUCUGCCACAAACUGAAUCUUUACCCCUCAAACACAAACCUACUCAGUCUCUAAAGCCCCAGAUUUCAGUCUCUAGCAUCUAUCCUGCUGAUCAAACCUCUAAUCUUUCAACCCUGGACUCCUGGAGGGUUCCUGUUCUCAGUCAGUUUAAUAUAUCUGAUCAGGCACAAGUGAAUUCCAGCAAUGAUCAUCCAGUUCAGACAACUGAAUCAGCCAAUGACACAAAGCCUACAGAGUUAUUGAGGAGGAAUACGUCCCAAUCACCCAUGACCAGCAAUGAUCCCAGAGUGACGCAGCAGUCUCCGUCUUGGCUGCCAGUGCUGGAGAAACAUGACAUCCCCAUCGUAGUAGGAGUGGGUGUGUCUUUGGCAUUCAUCUUCAUCACUGUUACCUUCUACUCAGUGGUCCAGACCAACGAACCUGCUCCGACAAGCAGAGCAGCCCAGAGGAAUCUUGGGGUCCCUGUGCGACAUGCUGAACGGCGAGCUGCAGGACGGACAUAUGAGAACAGAGCUUUUGAAGACGAUGACUGUGUGGCAGUGAUCGAGCAGAGCCCCAACACCUCAGACACCCGUGCCAGACCUCCAGGUCCCAGUCUGGUGACUGUGCAGCUGGAGCCCACAUCUGAGGACCUUCAGGAGGACAACCAGACUAAUCUGGAUCAUCACUCAGUCACUGUAGAGACUUACCCUGAGCCAGUUCUUGACACAAAGAUCGACCCGUCUCUGGAGGAGGAGAAGAGCUGUACUUUGUCCCAGCCUAGUAUCCAGCUGCAGUGUACUGAGGACUGGCUCAGAGGAGAAGACAACCACAGUCCAUGCAGAGACGCCUUGCCCCCUCCCUCACCCAUGCCCUCCCGUUCAGUGUCCCCCUCUCCACCAUCAAGGCGCGAUGAGGGUCUGCGCUCUUCUUUAACCCUGCAAACUACAGAGCCAAGUGUAGCACCCAUCCACCACAGCCUCAGCAUCUCCCAUGGCCACCCCCCUCUGCUCCUGUCACACCACGUCUCCCUGGGGCUCACAAAUGUGGCCGUGGAUGUUCAUUUUUACCCGGUCACCACUUCUCCAGUGUCUGUAGGGACUAGCACUCAUAUCAAUUCAGUGUCCAAUUCCACUUCAGGGCCUGUUCCUCUGUAUACUACACCAGUGACCAACAGUCAGGAGAAUGACCAAUCAGCUCCCAGAAUGCAUCACUGUAAGUAGAGUUCAAGACACACGGAUCCAAAACGACACUUCAUAAUUUGGCAUAAAUAAUGUAGGUAAACAGUUUCAGAUAUACACUUGUUUGCUUUCUAACCAACAGGUUAUAUACACUGACAUGUGUGUAUUGUAGUCUUGAAUUGGAGUCAGGGAAUGAUUCUUAGUUUUAUCUGAAGUGGUGAACAGAAUUUUAAAACCACAAUUUAGACUUAGAGAAACCUGUUCACCAUUCUAUCUGGUUCCAGUUUCCAGUGUACCUCCAAGGAAAACAACUUUCAAGUUUUUUUAACACAUUCAUUUGUUUGAUCAGACUAAUAAUAUGAGCUUCUCAGAUGUUUAUAUGAAAAUUUUCAACCUAAUACACGAGCACUUCAGACAGGUUUGUUUGGAAGGGAAAAGUGGCGCCCUGUUCAUUUUAUAAUGAUCUUUUAAUUGCAACAUUCUCUGCAUAUUAUGAAGAGAGUUGUGAUGACUUCACCUUCGUCUUUCUAUUUACUAAUUUUUACAGUCAGAUACUUCAACAGUUUUACCACCAACUGUGACAUUCUUGAUUUGUGAAACUGUCCUUUAAAUUAACCAACAUCAUAUAUGCUAAUGAUAGAUAAUACAAAGGGGAUUUAAAAUUUAAUGUCUCUCACCACUAAUUACCAUUUUCUGAAAUAAGGUCUCAUGGGACAUAAUCGAGGCCUUUGUAUAUAUGUUAACGUCAACAAAGCUAAGAUUAAAAAUAAUACAGCAAGCGAAGUUGCAUGUAAUAACAAUAAUAACUGAACACCACUUUUAAGUAAUGGUAUUAAGAUUAUCUAUCAAUAAAAUGUGCCAAACUAUAAAUCUGACAAACAUGCUUUUUUCUAAUUACAUGCAGUUUUAGUACUGGAACAUCAAAAUAAAUAGACUCUUGUGAGUUGGGCAGUUCACAGGGUUGUUGUUAAAAUGUAACAUAGUGUCUAUUUACACCAUUUUACUUAGAAUAUUGUACUAAAAAGAUAGAACAUUCUGUAUUAGCAUCUACAUAUUUUUUAUAUAUAGUUGUAUAUUUGAUAACUUCAGAGCUACACUUUUUGCACCAGUGGUUGCUGGUUUGAUUUAACAUGGUUCAGUGUAUUUUAGAGGAUACUGGUGAUUACAGCUACACCUUAGUCUUGCUUUAUGCUGUUUUUUUUCCACUAAAGGAUUUUUAAUGUGUUUGGUUUACUGUUCACAUCCUUGUUAGUAUUAAUAAUCAUCAAUUAUUUAAGUCACAUAUUUCUCUUUUAUUUAGUAAAACAGCCAAGGAUAUUUUGUCAGGAAAUAUUAUGUAUUUUGAGAGUGUCAUACAACUUGUUUCAAUCACCUGUUCAUUGUCUUAUGUGAAGCUACCGGACUGUUACACCUUUUAUUAAACCAAAGGAAGUUUAGAUGGGCUGUAUCAAUAAACAUGUAGACAACACAA